UGCAACCUACCUCUUGGGCAGGGAGCUGCGGUCUGAGGCCCCUGCCCAGCUGGAAACCACAGGGAGGGGAAGGGAGGGGAGGGGAGAAGAGGAGAAGAGAGGAGAGGAGCCGUCAUGGGGCCUUGGAGUCGAGUCAGGGUUGCCAAAUGCCAGAUGCUGGUCACCUGCUUCUUUAUCUUGGUAACAGGCAGGUUGGGCAGGAGUGGGUGGUGGGUGGGGGUGAGAAGGGGUGAGGGGUGGCAGGGCCUCAGCAUGGGGAUUACCCCUCCUCUCACACACACACCAGCCCUACUGUCCCUGUCCUGCCCUUGUAGACAUGUGUCUGGGGCUCCUGGUGGCAGACAGUCACAGGUAGUGACCGCCAUGGGCAGCCCCGUCUCUCCUCCUGAGGGGCAGGCAGCACAGAGCCCGGAGGAGGCCUGAGUGGGGCCGAGGCCUGGGGCGAGCUGGGGUGGAGGAGCACUGGUUGCCGGGCUCCAGGGAUGGUCUCCCCUUCCUGCCCAGGAGGGCACUGGCACAGGGGUGGGGCUCAUCCCACUCCGUAGACAGCAUGAUCAGAGGUCCUGGGUGUCUGGGGAAGCUGGGCUGUGUGUGUAUGCGUCUACCAUGUGUGGGUGCCUGUGAGUGUGCUGGGGCGUCUGCAGUGAAGGCCCCCUGAGACCACUCCACAGAAACACUGGGAAUCCCUGCAGCUCAGCCUGUCUGUCACGGGACCAGGAAGCUGGAGAGAGCCCCAGCCCUGUCCCCUGGGGCCAAGCUGCCCCAUCCUGCGGCAGUCCCGUGUCCCACACUCUGAGUCUGUCCUAUCCACAGCUGCUGGGCCUCUCUGUGGCCACCAUGGUGACUCUCACCCACUUCGGGGCCCACUUUGCUGUCAUUCACCGAGCGUCCCUGGAGAAGAACCCGUACCAGGCUGUGCACCAAUGGGCCUUCCCUGCGGGCUUGAGCCUGGUGGGCCUCCUGACCCUGGGAGCCGUGCUGAGCGCUGCAGGCACCGUGAGGGAGGCCCAGGGCCUCAUGGCGGGGGUGGAGGAUGCCAUGCUGGACACCUACGACCUGAUAUAUGAGCAGGCGAUGAAAGGCACGUCCCACGUCGGGCGGCAGGAGCUGGCGGCCAUCCAGGACACGUUUCUGUGCUGUGGGAAGAGGUCUCCUUUCAGCCGUCUGGGGAGCACAGAGGCUGACCUGUGUCAGGGACAGGAGGCGGCAAGAGAGGACUGCCUUCAGGGCAUCCGGAGCUUCCUGAGGAUACACCAGCAGGUCGCCUCCAGCCUGACCAGCAUCGGCCUGGCCCUCACGGUGUCCGCCUUGCUCCUCAGCUCAUUCCUGUGGUUUGCCAUCCGCUCUGGCUGCAGCUUGGACCGCAAGGGCAAAUACACCCUGGCCCCACGAGCAUGUGGCCGCCAGCCCCAGGAGCCCAGCGUCUUCAGACGCUCCCAGGGUGGACCCGCACAUUGUCUCCGCUCCGAAGCAGAUGCUAUUGGUCCAAGAAGAUACUCGGGUAGUCUUCGGUGGCUGCAGGACAAUGAUGCUGCGCCUGGGCCCCUCUCCCACCACCUGCCUGCCCACAGAGGUGAAGACGCCCCUGCUGUCAGCCCUCACGGGAUCCCUGAGGGGAGGGUCCGAGCUGUGAGGAGGGGAGUGAGUGAAGGCCCAGCCAGAGAGCCAGCCUCCAUUGGGAACAGACGCAAGGGUAGGGGUAGCUCACCAAAUCCCUCCAUGGGAACAGGCCGGGCGCAAGCACAAAGGAAGCCACGCUGGAGGCAGCAGCCCAGGGCUGACUUGCAGACACCGGCGGUCCACGCCCUGGAGGGCUCCACCCAGACACAAGCUGCAACGGUUUUCUAUGCUGUGUAAGCAGCAGCACAGACGUAAGGACUGCAAGCAGUGACCAUUUAUGAUCUCUCAGCUCUCCAGGGCAGAAGUCCGGGUGCGCUCAGCGGGUGCCCUGUGAGGGGUCUCUCGGGCUGACGUCAGGCCUUGGUGGGCUGCACUCUCAUCUGGAGGCUCCAGGGAAGCGCCUGCCUCCAGGACCAUUCAGGCUGUUGACAAGUCAGCUCCUCAUGGCUGUAGGACUGAGGUUCCCACGUCCUUGUCCCUGCUCCCGCAGCCCCUCCACCUUCAAACCAGCAAUGGUGCAUUCAGCAAAUUGUAGUCAAAUAUACAUCACAUAAAAUUUACCAUUUUAACCAUUUUUAAGUGUACGGUUUGUGGCAUUACAUACAUUCACAUCGUUGUGCAACC